UAGGUGGCAGGGACUUUCAGCACCCUGGACAGCGGUCGGUCAAUAAUAGAGCCUCCAGCAGAGCUUCUUCUCCCCUGCUCAGCCGGCAGCCCAGCGAGAGGCGCUUUCCCCCACUGGAGGAUGGAUGGAUGACCACAGAGAGAGGAUGGCUCGCUGUUUACAGGAUGACUGGGAGAGUUCUUCCCCCUCCCUGUUCCGGAAGUAGCGGCUCAAUCUCCAAGCCGACCAUUUCGAGGAAGAAAACCAGCGCCAGCAGUCUCAUCAGCAUCACAUAUCUGUUCCAAUAAUCACGCUGCGUGAUUUCGCCACGAGUCCCCCUUCCUCUCCAGCAGUAAGCUGUCUUUUGUCUCCCUGCGCCUCUCUCUCUUAGACGUGGAUCGCUCAGAAACGCUGAUGGACAUCGAGCUGAGACUGAAAACAUGGGGCUCCUGAAGAUGCGAACACCGAGGGACGUGUUUUUCAUCUCGACGUGGAUUGUCGAGGGGAAUGGCUCCGGUUCUUCGUGGGUCGACCAGGGUCGCUACAACAAGAAGAUGAAAUAGGGAGGAAAAAUAGUAGAAAAAGAGGGGGGACCAUGAUCUGACACUGAGAGACAAUAAGAAAAUAAGAAGAUAUAAUCACAUCUAAAGCAAACUUCUAUUUCAUCUUUCUAUUUUCCUUCUUUCUGGAUUAUGUUUCUUGACAAGAGUCCCAGAUGUGACUGUGUGGAUGGCAUGUCGUUGUUUUUUACACCCCAUCCUCUGUUUCCUGGCUCUGUGCUGCUCUCUCUUCCACUAGUCCGCUCUCUCGCAGUCUUCUGCUUCGGGUAGCAAAACAUGUAGUCUAUUUUGUAUAUAUAUAAAUAUUAGUUGCUGCAAGCCCAGCAGCGUUUCUGGAGGAAAAAAAAAAGAAAUAGCAGCAGCGAAGAAAAUGGACACCAGUUUGUGAUGUUUACUGGGGUGCGGUGGGAAAUGCAUGUAGACAAUGUUUGCUGAGUUGUUUCAGUGAUGAAUAUCGAAAGAGUGAGUCGGCCAGCUGAAAGGGAAAAUCUUUCAUCCGCAUUGGCUUAGACACACAUGCCAUCAGUAGGGCCAAAGCCUAUUGCUCUCAAUGUGAUAAUAAAGGAAUAAAAAUAAUAAUAAUAAUAAUAAUAAUAAUAAUAAUGUUCAAGUAUCGGAUUCGCAUGUUUUUCAAUGAACUGAAGGUCCUGGUGUUUAUGCGAUCCGAUUCACGGCAGUCCGGCUCAGACACAGAUCGACGCUCCAACGCCAUGCGGGGUCUGGGGAUGGGCGGCUGCGGCUGGCCGCCUUUCGUCGACUGCCAUUCCCGGGACGACGAGGAGGAGUACUACGGCAGCGACCCGAGGCCCCGGAGCCUGGCGUUCGAGGACAAGGAGCCCAAGCUUCAGGUGGGCCUGGACGCCGUGUCCCUAACCAGCACGGCCAGCAGCCUGCGGACCCCCCAGUGCAGGAUCUGUUUCCAGGGCCCCGAGCAGGGGGAGCUGCUAAGUCCCUGCCGCUGUGACGGCUCUGUACGCUGCACUCAUCAGCCUUGUCUCAUCCGAUGGAUCAGUGAGAGGGGUUCCUGGAGCUGUGAGCUCUGCUACUUCAAGUACCAGGUCCUGGCCAUCAGCACCAAGAAUCCACUGCAGUGGCAGGCCAUCUCCUUGACGGUGAUUGAGAAGGUACAGAUUGCAGCGAUAAUCCUGGGUUCCCUGUUCCUCAUCGCCAGCAUUUCCUGGCUCAUCUGGUCCUCUCUCAGCCCCUCUGCCAAGUGGCAACGGCAAGACCUGCUCUUCCAGAUCUGCUAUGGCAUGUACGGCUUCAUGGAUAUCGUCUGCAUAGGCCUCAUCAUCCAUGAGGGAUCAUCGGUGUAUCGAAUAUUUAAACGAUGGCAGGCUGUCAAUCAGCAGUGGAAAGUACUGAACUAUGAGAAAUCAAAAGACUUGGGCGACCCAUUGAGCUCGAGCAGUAAAACUGGUGCCCGCGGCUCUCGCAGUAACCCUCACGGCCUGGCCAGCAGCAGCGGUGGGCGACAGAGCAGGAGGCUAAGAACUAUUCUGAACCACCACUGCGGGUACACCAUCCUGCACAUUCUGAGCCAACUCAGGCCCAAUGACCCGCGGAUUAGCGCUGCCGCCAACCGGGAGGUGGUGAUGAGGGUCACCACUGUAUGAAAGGGACCAGGGACAAGCAGAACUGCAUCUUUGCCUGAUGUGAAACAGUAAAAGGACAUAUGGACCUCAUAUGAAAAUCUAAGGACUCGUGUAGGCAACAGGAGCCCGCAUGGGGCCGAAUGGUGCCUGGAGCAUCAAUAGACUGAAAACACAUGAGGAUUUCUCCUCUUGUUUCGUACAACAAAAGGAAGCCAGAUGCUCCUUUUCAAUAAUUAAAUAACUGAUGAAAACAAGGACGAACAAGCAUUAAGAGACAUCAAACAUGAAAUAUAUGAUGGCGAUGGUGGGAGGCAUUGUAAACAGGCUUUAUAACCUGAAACAAAACAACAAAAUGUUUUUUUCCAACUCAAUAUCAGGAUGCACAGAACAUUUUGUUUUGGAUUUUAUCCUCCUGGUUUGUUUUUAUCUCUUCUUUUUCUACUCACUUUGAUUUUGUACCGAUGUUUGAUUUUAGAAGAAACCAUUUAUGGUAACUUCAUACAUGCCAAACAUUUCCAGACAACUACGUGACGAGUUUAAAAUCUCUACAAGCCAACUGAUGCUGGUAAAUAGACCGAAAGCUGAGAAUAAAAACAUCCAAGAGGGCAAAAGAACUUUCAAAGAACAAUAAAUCAUUAGUAAAAAAGUUAAAAAUAUAAAAAAAAAGAAGUGAGAAAUAUUUGAGUUGUACUUAAUCUUUCUGCAAUAAAAAUACGUAUGUACAUUUCACAGGGAAUUUUGCAUGGGUAUAUAAUUUUAUUCUUCAUCACAUAACAUAAGCACAUGACAAAUUUGCUCUAUUUCAAAUGGUGCUUGCCAAAAUAAACACUUUAAAAACAUCUGUUUUCAUUGCACCACCUUUUUAUCAGAAUGACAAAUGAUAGUGUGUUACAGCUAUUUCAGCUAAAAUACAGGUUGUUGCUGCUGUGGGCUGAUUCAGAUUUGAUAAAAAGUUAACUAUUGGAUUAAAAAUUGGGGUCACUUGAUCUCGAACCUCUGA